GCCGCCGCUGUGAGAGCGGCGGAGGCGGAAGGCGGCGCGGUUCGACCCUGCCCCGGCUCUUUGCCGGUCGGCGGUGGCGAGCCGGAUCCGCGGUGUCCGUGUUGCGCCAGGCCCGUAAGGCCCCGGCAGCGUUCCCUGGUGUGGCCGGACUGCCGGCAGUAAUGCAGCCUGGUUCAGAGAGGACUACCCGCGACCCUGAACUUGGAACAGGGCUGCUGAUAGCACCUCGGGUUCGCCUGGUGUGCAGCUGCUUUUGCAGGUACGAUGGCUCGUGUCUUCGUCUAUGGCACGCUUAAGAAGGGCCAGCCCAACUACAAGCACAUGAUCAACACAGCCAAGGGGCUAGCGAAAUUCCAAGGAUGGGGCCGCACGGUGGAGAAGUACCCACUGGUGAUUGCAGGCAAAUACAACAUUCCUUACAUGCUGAACAUCCCGGGAACAGGACACCACGUCGCUGGGGAGAUUUACUCGGUUGACGACCAGAUGCUGCAGUUCCUGGACGAGUUCGAAGGCUGCCCAGACAUGUACCAGCGUACCCUGAUGAGAAUCGAGGUGGUGGAGUGGGAAGGGAAGGGUGGUGUGGGUGAGGCACGGGCAGCUGCCGAGGGCGUCAUAGAGUGUUUUGUGUACAGCACGACGACAUACCCGCCCGAGUGGGUUGGCCUCCCCUACCAUGACAGUUACGACUCCUCAGGGAAACACGGCCUCUCCUAUGUCCUACGCGAAAGCCGGGAUUAGACACGGGAGGUGACGCAGCCCGGCCGAAGACGUAGUACUAAGCACGUGUUGAUCGGUAACCUUUCCAGGAAAGCUGUAAUGCCUUUUCAUUAAAAUGCAGGAUCUCUUGUAACCUUCCCAACCUGGGAGCCUUGGCGCUAGUGUUGUCUUGUAGACCCACAGAUGGGGACUCCUCCCCGGCUAGCCAGCAUCCUCCUCACCACCACUAACCUGCGAGUAACUGGGUUUGCAUGAGGUGUAAAAUAACUAUCUGUGCACAUCGGUUUUGGGGUGUAAUUGUUUUCUCAAUUCCCCCCCCUUUUGCAUCAGUGCAUUGACAAAUCUGCUUGUGUAGUUCUCCAGGAUGGGUGGAAUAAUAAUGAUACGAUUGCACUAAUAGCUAAAACUGAUUUUAAAAAGUCAUGUCUGCAAGCAAACUAAAGCACAACUCAUGUUUAAUAUUGACUUGUAAUCGUGUUUAGUAGGGUACUGAAUGUAAACUGGGAGAGAUGACAACAUAGGUACUAUGCACUUCAAGACAAACAUGAAAUGGCUGGAGAAAUAGAGAAAAUUAAAGACUAUUCUUACUCUGUAUUGCAAUGUUUUUCUGAACUGGAAAGGAGUAUUUUUAAAACAUACUUAGUUUUAUAAGAUACUGUGAAGAAAUACUAAGAGAGUGUAAGAGAAUUACAUUUAAAAUCAUAUUUUAAAUUUAGCAUUCUAAGCAUUUUAGGUACCAUUUCAGUUCAGAGUGACUGUAGGGUUUGGGGAGGUGGGGGUGAUGGAGGGGUGUUGGGGACCAGGAAAAGCAAACCUGUUUUCAGCUGCCCAUCACGCUAUAGCAGAUGCAGCUGUUGUGGGCACUUAACUAUCAAGGUGACUUUUUGCCAAGCACUUUAAUGCAGAACUUACUUGCAACCGUAUGCAAACUGCAUUUCCUAACGAGGGAAAGAUUUUCUGUACAUGAUAUAAAACAUCCAAAGGACCUGCACUGUGGUUAUUGCAACACUUAAACGGGGGGAAAAAAAAGAUGGAAAGAUGACUAUUAUCCUCCUGACCCAACCAACUGUGCUGGUUUCUGUACAAUCUGGGGAAAUCGUAGCUUUCUGUUGUUACGCUUCUGUGCCUUGUAUUUUCCUUCAACUGCAGUGUUUGGUACAUACAGAUUGUAGAACAUACAAAGCUGCCAAAAGGAUGUGAGCAGGGAAUGUAUGCCAUGCAGUGAGCCAAAGUACAAUGAAAUGUAGUAAGGAUACCAUUAAGAACACUACUGUACUUUUGCUUGGCUGCCAGUAGCCUUGUGAUGGGCAGAGGAGGUCCAGGGUAAGGAAUCAGCCCAGGGAUCCAGGGUAAGGAAUCAACCUAAACUUUAUCAGUAGUAGGCACUGCUGCAUCUCAUUUAAAUAACAGACAGAAAGCUUGUCUUGCUGCAGUAACAACUUAAGCAAUUUUAAAGUAGAAUACUUGUGUCUCUUUGCAAUACUUGUUUUUUGUUUAGGGCAACCUGCAGCAGCUGAACUGUGCUCCCUUUUGGAAAGGGCAAGAUGGAAUUAAGGAGAUUGGUAGGAAGAUCUGCAGGAUGUCUGCCUCAGCUUCUCCAAAUGCAAAAGCAUUAAUUUUCCUGAAGGGCAGGUACUACUCACUCUCCUUACUCACCUUGAUGGGUUUUGUAAACUAACAUAAGCAAGUCCUUGCGCUACGUUAUUCCCCCUUGGCCGUGUGGUAUUGUUCGCAGUGUCUCAAUAACGUGCAAGAUGCCUCUUCAAUUCGAAGUGUCAAGCAGAAUCACAAAUGUUCCUGGUAAGGCCCUGUCACCGGCCCUGUCACCAGCCCUGACACAGUCUGGUUUUGUACUUCUGGUAUAGCCCAGGUGCCUCUGGCCAGAGGGGGUUUCUCUGGGAAGUAGCAUGACUCUGCACAUCCUAGGCAAGAAAAUGAGAGCAGGCCCCAGAGGUUAAAGGAGGUAGGUUAAAAAAAACAGCCAUAGGAGUUGAGACCAAAGGCAGGAGCAGCCCAGUGUGCUGGCCCAGCAUGGGCAGCAGCGGAGGCAAGAGCACAGGGUCAGAGACGAUGCUUACAGUGUGCAGGGAUUGCAGAGGUAUCACUGCAUCUAGUGAGCUGCAGCUGCUGAAUUACUGAGCUAAAUCAAUUAAUAGAAGAAAGAGCCUUUCUUAACCACACACUAACAUUUUGAACCCAGUAAACUUCUGGUAUCUUCACCAUCUUGUGGCAUGGAGCUCCUGAGCGAGGAGUAAAAAAAAAAACCCAUGUCUUCUUACCUGUUCUGACCAAGACAUCAGCCCUCUCAGUCCAUUUAAGUCUCUUCAGUCUUCCUCCUCUCCAGGCCCAUACUGGAUACACAGCUCUUUCAGCAGGAUAUAGUCUUGUAUUAUGAGCAGUUCUAGUUCUUCACACAGUCUUUAGUAAGAGCCUCUGCACGACAAAGAUCACUUGGUCUCCCUUUUCUAUAAAGAGUUAAGGAAGAAGGUUGGCCAGAGGGGACAGCAAGUGCCUCCAGCUCUACACUGGGUGGCUGAGGGAAUUCGAGGGCAGUGCCAGCUCCUCUUGUAAAGAAAGACUUGCAUCCAGUAAUCAUAGAAUCACAGAAGGGUUAGGGUUGGAAAGGACCUUACGAUCACCUAGUUCCAACCCCCCCUCCCCUGCCAUGGGCAGGGAUGCCUCACACUAGACCAUGUUGCCCAAGGCCCUGUCCAAGCUGGCCUUGAACACUGCCAGGGAUGAAGCAUUUACCACUUCUUUGGGCAACCCAUUCCGGUGCCUCACCACCCUCACAGUAAAGAACUUCUUCCUUAUAUCUAACCUGAACUUGCCCUGUUUAAGUUUAAACACAAGGGGGACACAUUCCUCCUUGUCCUAUCACUACAGUCCCUAAUGAAGAGUGCCUCUCCAGCAUCCUUGUAGGCCUCCUUCAGGUACUGGAAGGCUGCUAUGAGGUCUCCACGCAGCCUUCUCUUCUCCAAUCAAUAGAAAGAAGAUAAAGGAGGGGGAUGGUGGGGAUCUGAGUAUGGAGCCAACUGUAAAUGAAAAUAGAUGGGGAAGGUCUGCACUAGCAAAAUAAAACAUUCAACCUGUAAGUCAAAUCUAGUCUAUAUGAAGGCUUCAAAAUAUAACAGUAAACCUGAUCAGAAUUUAAGGCAUUAGCUGUACUUUUUCAGCACUUACACAGAGUGUAGGAAAACGGCUCAGUUCACUCAGUGGUUAUUUUUUUUUCACUCUAACCAACCAUUCUGCACUGUUUGGCUGGGGUCUCAAACAGUGAUGUUGCCACUGAGAAGACAAAUCGGAUUUGGGCUUUUGUUGUGGGUUUUUGGUGGUUUUGGUUUUUUUUUUUAAAGAGGCUUUUCCUGUUUUAAAGCAGAAAUGAUUUUAUUUGAUCCUGAAAAAUCAAAGAAUUACAAAGGUUAUGUACAAGUAUUUCUGGAAGUAAAAAUCUGGGAUCUGUUGCCAAGGUUUAACAUCUGUGUUUGCUGUCUUAACUACUGAUUCAAUAAAUAUGUCUGUAUAAAACCUUGUGCGUAGGACUGUCCAUUUUCUGUGUUGAAUUACCUUAAUCUUACUUUAUGGAUGAAAAUAAUAAAGGCUUAGCUAAUUCAA